CUCGCUCGCCAACAUUUUUCAGAGGUCGUUCCACCGCCUUCACAAAGCUCUCGAACUACCAGCGUCUUCAUCGCUCGCCCAUCCACGAACAUCUCCGCCGCACGCGCACGAUAGUCGAGAAUGGCGCAGCCAGCAGCGCAGGGCUUCUACGAGCUUUACAGAGGCACAUCCAUCGGUCUCGCGCUGGCGGAUACGCUCGAUGAUCUGAUCAGCAGCCGUCGCAUCGAGCCGCAGCUUGCGAUGCGCAUCAUGGCCAACUUCGAUCAGCAUAUUGCUUCGGUGCUUGGGGAGAAGGUUAAGGCGAGGAUGAAUUUCAAGGGCCACUUGGACGUCUACCGAUUCUGCGACGAAGUCUGGACAUUUGUGAUCAAAGACGUCAAGUUCAAGAUGGAUAACAACACACAACAAUUGGAUGCGGAGAAGGUCAAGAUCGUGGCUUGCCAGACGAAGGAAAAGGCGACGUAGAACGAAGUUCGUCCAACGAUGGUGAAAGCCGAAGCGAAGGUCGAGGAUCGGAGUGAGGACUACCUAGUCCCGAUCAAUCCGACGAAGGAGCGCAGAAGGCGAGUCAAGCGCGAGCAAAUGGAGUACAAGGGGUUUUGAGAGAGGACGACUACGAUACCCACGAGAACCGCGAAGACCGGCAUGAUGAUGCGCCUUGGGCCCUGAUGCCACGCUGCAAGACUGGUCCUCUCCAUGUUGCUGGACCCGAUGUGUCUGCACUUAAGGCCUCGAGCGCUAUAGUCAAGCGCCAGGAGUAGCCUAACGAUAUCCAUAUGCUUUGAAAUG